AAUUUGCGUUUCCAGUACUCAUGAGGUCAUCUUAGUCACCGGGGGUAUAUCUGCAGAAGUUGCAUGCCUCUUGGUCCAGCUCCCCAAGGCCCACCCAGUUCUGCAUCCUGGAUUUCAGGGAGCUGAAAAAUAGGGCAGCUCCGGAAGGAAGCUCGAAUCGUUCGAUCACUGUGCCAAAUAUUUUUUAAUAAACUGCUCUUUUUUCAUCGAUCCCAUUCGUACAAAUCCUUGUGAGCGAAGAGAUUGGUGGAUUCUGUCUUUUGCUUGCUCAUUUGUUGGUUUUCUUGCUGAAGGUUUUCUUUCCUACAAUGGAAUCCCAGGUUUUUUAUUCGAUUGUUGGAAGAUAGGAUUUGGGAGAGAGGAGUGGGGUCGACUUGGGAGAGUGGAUCUGCGGAGGGUUCGUGAGAGGCGAUGACGUCGAGGAAAAUGGAGGGCCCUUCGACGCCGGCCGUCAGGCGAGAUCCAUAUGAGGUAUUGAGCGUAUCGAGGGAUUCGUCUGAUCAGGAGAUAAAGUCCGCAUACAGAAAGCUCGCUCUCAAGUAUCACCCUGAUAAAAAUGCCAGUAAUCCUGAAGCUUCAGAACUUUUCAAGGAGGUUGCUUUUUCAUAUAGCAUCCUAUCUGAUCCAGAGAAAAGAAGGCAGUAUGAUACGGCUGGAUUCGAGGCUUUAGAACACGAUGCUAUGGAUAUGGAGAUUGAUCUAUCAAAUCUUGGAACUGUCAACACAAUGUUUGCAGCAUUAUUCAGUAAACUGGGUGUUCCUAUAAAGACAUCAGUCUCUGCGGCUGUACUUGAAGAAGCUUUAAAUGGAACUGUUACUGUUAGACCUCUUCCUCUUGGGACAUCAUUUAGUGGAAAGGUCGACAAACAAUCUGCCCAGUUUUUUGGUGUUACUAUUAACGAGCAGCAAGCACAGUCAGGGAUAGUAAUCAGAGUUUCAUCUUCUGCGCAAAGUAAAUUUAAACUUCUGUACUUCGAACAAGAGACAAAUGGUGGUUAUGGCUUAGCAUUACAGGAAGACUGUGAAAAGACUGGCAAGUUUACUUCAGCAGGGAUGUACUUUUUACAUUUCCAGGUGUACCGCAUGGACUCUGCAGUGAAUGCGUUAGCUAUGGCGAAAGAUCCAGAUGCUGCGUUUUUCAAAAGGUUGGAAGGUCUCCAGCCAUGCGAAGUUUCUGAACUAAAACCUGGCACCCAUAUUUUUGCAGUUUAUGGUGACAAUUUUUUUAAGCCUGCUACUUAUGCAAUAGAGGCAAUGAGCGCAAGUUCUUAUAAAGAUUCCACUCGGAUGCUUAUGGAGAUUGAGGCACAAAUUUUAGCAAAGAGAAAUGACCUGCGACAGUUUGAAACAGAAUACAGAAAAGCUUUGGCACGGUUUCAGGAAGUGACGAAUAGAUAUAGCCUAGAAAAGCAAGCAGUCGAUGAGUUGCUCAACCAGAGGGACCAAAUACAUUCCUCAUUCACCACCGUCCGCACCGUUACCAACUCCAGCACGGCCAUCAAUGGUAGCAGUAGCAGUAGAACUUGCAUGGACGACAUCAGUAUUGACAGCCAAUCUGAGGAUGGAAGUUCGGACGGGAAGGACAAAUCAAACAAGAAGAAAUGGUUCAACCUUAAUCUUGGCCGAUCUGAUAAAAAAUUAUGAAAACUAUUAUACAACACAGCUGAGGUAAAAGGAAGAGCAAAGGCACAAUUAAAGCAGAAAAAUUUCAUCUCCUUUAAAUAUUGCCUUGUGUUCAGGUACAACUUUUGCCCGAAUUUAGAAGAUUUAUUACUGUAUUUUAAUCUCAUUCGUUCAUAUGAGCUUCCUGUUAGUUUUAUCUACUUGCCUGCGUGGCUUUAUGCUUGAUGACCACUCCAAUAUGUUUUGCCAAUUGGUUUAUAGGGCUGUAAAGCUAUUUUUCACUGUUAAUAAUCAUCAUUAUUUUUGUCCCACAAGGCCUAGUAAGGGCACUUGGUUUAAAUAGUGCAUUAAAUUAUCCGUUAGAAUAUGAUUUGAAGUGGAUUGUUGUACAUAACAGAGAAUGCAGUAGUUUGUGGUUUCUUAUCUGAUUUAAUAUAUUUAUGUUUCCAUGUUGAAUUUGAA